GGGGAGGGGGGACGAGAGAGAGACAGGAAAGAGAAGAUCAAUUUACCUAAAUAAAAUAUAAAAUAUUAUAAAAUAGGUUGAGGAGGAAAUAUACAUCAGCAUCUCACUGGAGAAAUUGCUGGAAAUUGAUAAUAAGGAUUUUACUGAUCAAAUUAAUGUCAGAUCGGCUUCAUAUUACAAAUUGAUGUUUAGUGUUAAGAUAUGUACCAUAAAUAGCUAGGAUAUGUGUAUAUGUAAUGAUUGUGUGAAUAUAUUUAGGGGCUAGAAUCAUUGCUAUAAUUACGUAGUUAAUUAGGAUUGUAUUUUCUAUUUAGUUGUCCUGUACAGAUUAUAAAUUGACACUAUUGGCUUGAGGAAAUAAUCAAGCUCUUUAAUCAUUCUCAAUAUUCUUCUUCUGUUCUAUCUUCUCAUAUGGUAUCAGAGCCCUCGGUGGGUCUGAUUUGAAAUCUGAAACAAAGUCCUCAUAGGGAGGAACUUUCCCUCCUUUUCCGGUCACUUUCUGGGAGUCCGUGGCUGUCACAGCCUAGCCUAGUGGAUUACCCAGCCCAGGAUCGGCCUCUCCACUGACCACCGGUGAGACUCUGGUACACGUGCCUUCACGCACUUCUUCCCGUCGACUCGCCGGCCUCAGGCGACCUCAACAACGCUAGUCCCCUCACCUGUUUCUCACUUUUUUGUCACUAUCUCUUCAUAUAGUAGGCUUUUCUGACGUAUUUCUGAGCAACAUUUCAGUGUGCUUCUCUUGCCAAGAUGUCUGAGAUUGAGGAGUCCUCCAAUACAGCUUCCAACACAGGUUUUCAGAUUCUCACACCCAUAUCCAGCACAGGUUCUGAGAUUCUCAAACCCAUAUUUUCUUUCAUUGGUAAUUCACCAGCUAUUACUACUGUUAAAUUAGUAGGAAGUUAAAAUUAUAUGUUUUGAGCUGCAUCAGUGGAAUUAUGGUUUAUGGGGCAGGGGUAUGAUGACCACUUGGUUAAAAAUGCCAUAGAUAUAGCUUUAACAAAUAGAGCUAAUUGGACUAAGAUUGAUGCUCAAUUAUGUAGUCUCUUGUGGCAUUCUCUAGGCCCAAAAUUACUUAAUAUUUUUUAGUCUUGUAAAACCUGUUGCAAAGUCUGGACGAAGGCGAAAACCUUAUAUACAAAUGAUGUGCAGCGUAUUUAUAAGGUAGCAUCAGAUAUGGUUCAUCUGCAGCAAAAUCAACAAGAUAUGUCUAGUUAUUUGGGAUAAAGGUUUAGUUGAGUUGAGUUGAGUUGUAUGCAAUGUACUGAUAAUAUUUCUGAGCAACAGCGGGACAGGUUCUUCAUGGUUUUGGCAUUGAUUGGGCUAAGACGACCUGACUUUGAUUCUGUUAGAGACCAGAUAAUAACUAGUCCGGUUGUUCCCACUCUAGAGGAUGUGUCUGCCAAGUUUCUACGCAUCUCACUCAAUAAGAAUAAUUUCUCUAGAAUUGAAUCUUCAGUUUUAGCUGCGCAAAGUGGAAAUCAACCGAGACAGGGUACUUAUCAGAGUGGCAAGGGUAAAAGGCUCCAUUGCACUUAUGGUGAUAAGAGUAAUUACAGUCGAGACACUUGUUGGCCCCUUCAUGGUCAACCAUCAUGCCUCAUUCAGUCAAAUAAUGUGGGCCGAUCAAUUGCUCAUAUGGCUCAAUUCGGUGAAAAUGGUAUUCUUCCAUUACAUGAUGGAAAGGAUCAGGUAUCAGAUUCUAUCCUAUUAAAUGGAGCUGAUUACAAGGAGUAUUUGCAAUAUCAAACAGCCAAAUAACAAUCUCCUAGCAGUGCUCAUUCUGGUUAUCUAACACAGUCUUCGCUCACUGGUCCAUGGAGCCUAGAUUCUGGUGCUUCUAAUCAUAUAUCUGGUAACAAAAGUUUGUUCUCAUCUCUAGUUUCUCCUUCGGUUUUGUCUAAAGUUAUUUUGGCUAAUGGUUCACAAACUUUAGUUAAGGGCAUAGGAGAAGUAAAAAUCUUUCCAUUUAUUCCUUUAAUCAUAGUUUUGUUUACUCCAGAAUGCCCAUAUAAUUUAAUCUCCAUUAGUAAAUUGACUAAAAAUUUCAAUUGUUCUGUCACAUUUACAACUGACUCUGCUGUUGUGCAGGACCGGAGUACGGAGAUGAUUGGAAUAGGAUGUGAGUCACAAGGGUUGUACCAUUUUUCUACUUCAAAUUCUCCUGUACUACUUUCGCUGAUCUUCUUCACAAUCGUCUAGGUCAUCCGAGUCUUGCCAAAUUGCAAAAAUUAGUUCUUAGUCUUUCUAGUUUAUCUUCUUUUGAGUGUGAGUCCUGUCAACUUGGGAAACAAAGUCGUAUUUCUUUUUCCAAGCGAGUCAAUAAUAGGGUUAAGUCAAUAUUUGAAAUUGUCCAUUCAGACAUUUGGGGUCCAAGUUGUAUCAGUACAACUUUGGGAUUUCAUUAUUUUAUUACUUUUGUUGAUAAUUAUUCUCGUUGCGCUUGGUUAUUUUUAAUGAAGACUCGUUCUGUAUUAUUCUCUAUAUUUCAAAAAUUUUCUAUUGAAAUGCGUAAUCAAUUUGGUGUUUCUAUUAAAAUACUUCGUAGUGAUAAUGCAAAAGAAUAUUUGUCUACUCCCUUUACUCAUUUCUUAUC